AUGCAUGUCAUCGACCAUCUUAACGAGCCCUAUGACUAUUCAUCCAUUAUGCACUAUGGUCCGUAUGCAUUCAGUGGAUCUGGAAAGAAAACUAUACUACCAAGAAAGAGUGGAGCUGAGCGGAUGGGACAGCGCAUUGCGUUUUCUGAUGGCGACAUUAGGAAAAUCAACAAGCUCUACCAAUGUUCCAACAGUGUCAAUGGCAACUCCAUCGUUGAGAACGAUCAGGUAGGAUUUUGA